AUGUCCUUUUUCGGCUUCGACACGUCGUUGCCGCGGGACCGUCCCGCCCACCACCCGUCGGCGCCUGGCUUCGGCCAGACGCCUGACCCGUGGGCCGGCCUGUCCGGCCAGGGCGCUCCCCAAGCCGACGAUGCCCUCGACUUCGACGAAACCUACGAUGGCCUCGGCGACCAGCUUGAUGAAACCGAUGACGCCUUCAACGAUGACACCUUCGGCGGCGAGCCCGCGCACAACGUCGGGAAGGACUUCGAUUUCUCCGGCCAGACCGCCCAGAUUGCGGGCACCAUGCACGAGGAGCAGAUGCUGUACAGCGCCCGCCAGCCCCCGUCCCAGGUGAAAAGGGAGGAACGGCAGCCCGUCAAGACUGGAUACGAGAACUACGCUCAGCCUGGCUACAUUGGCAACCUCGAGGCGAGCGCUGAUAUCUGGGGUAUCUCGAAGAAGGCCACUCCCGGCCAGGAGAACCAGCGCCAGCAGCUCCCGCCCCAGCAUGCCCAGCAGUAUGCGGCCCAGCCUGCCAGCAGGAAGAUGAUGAGUCUGGAGGAGGUCGAGGCUGCUAUGCUUGCCCAGAGCAAGCAGCGCCUCUCCCAGCAGCCUGUCCAGCUCCCCGCCACUCAGCCCUCGCCCCAGCCCUCGAUGCCCGGUUUUCCCCCGCAACCUCCUCCAAACUGGGCCCAGCAACCGUUCGGAGCUCCGCCGCAGAUCCUCCAGCGCCACCAGCAGUUCCCCCCUCAGUUUGCUCAGCAGCGCCCUCCGUCGAUUCCUCAGCAGCAGAUGCCGACUGAACUGCCUGCCCAGAGCAUCCCGCAACCGCAGGUUCUCCAACGCCAGAGGCAAGAACAGCAGGGCUCGCGGGGUACCCCGCCCCAGAUGCAUCAGCUUCCGCACCAGCCCCGCCAGAUCCUCCAGAACCCGAACCGUCUCUCUGGCCAAGGCCAGCCCGUAACUCAGCCCUUCAACCGCAUGCCGCCGACUGGACCGGCUCAUGCACGUGGCCCUUCGUACCAGGGUCCUGUCAUCACUCAUCCCGAGCAGCUGCUACGCCUCUCCGAUGCUGAGCGCGCUGCUUUCCUGGAGGAAGAUGCCAAGCGUGCAAAGAGGAUUCACAAGAUCCACAUGCUUUCCAAGGACAACGGGCUUAUGACCCCACAAGACAAGAACUUCAUCACCCGCAUUCAGCUUCAACAACUUGUCACGGCUACCGGCAGCAUCGACGACCAAGGCCCCGAGGCUGCCCUCGCCGAAGACUUCUACUACCAGGUCUUCUCGCAGAUUCGUGGAGCUCCUCGCCAGAACCCUCACCAACCCGCCAACCAGUUCGCUCAGACCUAUCUUUUCCAGACUGGCGGUCGCUAUGGAGGCCGUCGGCAGCACCGCGGCGGUGACAACCACGCUCAGCGCAUGGAGCAGCAGGUGCAGCGCGCGGUGGAGGCGGCCAAGGCAAAGCCCAAGAACAAGCAACUCGUUAUCGAGGGCAGCCUCGGCAAGAUCUCGUUUAGCAACGCAAAGACGCCCAAACCCCUUCUGAACAUCAAGAAGCCCGAAGGAGAAGGCCGGCCUAACGGUGCUGGCCGUCGACCCAGCCGGGCACAUCACGAUGUCGCUGAUCGCAAGGCGACCCUGCGCAACAUCGAAAACGUCUACAAUGUCCUCAUGAGGAUGGAAGACCAUGAGCGCAACAUGCCACCUCCGUUGAACGAUGGUAGCACACCUGCCCAGAUCCAGGAGCACAUGGAGUGGCAGCACCAGGUCCAGGAGCUGAACCAAAAGCUUUGGCAAGGCUUGAAGGUCAUGGAGCCCAUCAUGGGCGGCUCCAAUGUUCCGCACCCUUUCAUCGCUGUUUUGUCUCACCCGAAGGGCAAGAAGGCCAUCCCGCGCAUCUUCCGCCAUAUCGACGAACAGCAGCGCGUGACAAUCUUGACCAUGAUUGUUGUGCACCUGGACACUCUGGAUGUGGUUCAACAUGGCAUCCCUGCCGAUCCUCUCACUCCGCUUCCCCGGGCGGCAAAGGAGGAAAUCGAGCUGUUCGCUCAAGCUGUCAUGCCUCCUCUGUUCGCGUACGUGAAUGAAGCGCCCCUGAACAUCGUCAUUGGUCUCUUGGGCCUGGUCCUUGACCGCACCAAUAUCCCCAUACUAGUCCGCACCAAGAUUGGUUUGUCCAUCCUUACCAUCUUCGUCUCGCGCGCAGAACUGGUUAAGGAAAGCACGUCGCCAUCGGCUGCCACCUCGCAGGAUCUCCAGCAGAUCGAGCAGCUAUACAACCGCCUCUUCGAUACCGUUGAGCCGGUCUUGCCGUACAUUUUCCCCGGCACCGUCAAAGAUGAUGAGGACGUCUACGUGUGGCAGUUCCUCGCAUCCAUGGGUGCGAGCGCAUCGGCCGAGCAACAACAACGACUCGUCAUCGGUGUCAAGGAUCGCGUCAUGGACACCGUCAAUGUGUGCAAGGCGCUUCCGAAGGAGUUGUCUGCGUCACGACUUGGCCAUGUCAACCUGUUCAUGAGGGCGAUUGGCUUGGAUGUUGAGCUGCUUGGCUAA